GUAACGUGUUGAUGCACCAGGCUGCUGCAGUAUGAAUCAGAUUCAUGGCUGUCAAGCAAGAGAGGAGGAGGCUUCUAAAAGAUAGGUGAACAGCAAUCCUUACACGUUUUGUACAGGAGCUGCAGGCAAUUGUCCUUCCUUCUUUCCCCAUCCUCACAGCGACGACGUUCUCAUGGGGUGUGCUGCCGGCAAAACCAGCGCGGUUGACGACAAGGAACCGGGGCCUCAAGUCUUCUCCCCAGGCCUGAGGCACCCCUCCAGUGAUGCGAACUUUCGUGUGGAGCUGAGCGGGAAAGCCAGUGACCCCCUUGUGGAGACACUGAGCACACUUCGCACCAGAGUUGGUGCCACCCUAAAUGGAGCCACCAAACCACCUUCAGGCCCCUCACUUCAACCCGUUCUUGAGGAAUACAUCCCCGUCCUGUUGGGUCUGACGAAAUUAGAGUCACUCGACACGGCCGUCAAUCUCGGCUGGACCAAUCACUUGGCUCGGGACUCGGCCACGGAGUUGCGCAGCGCCAAGUAUGAGCUGGUGUCAAUACUCCAAGUGAUGGCGGUCGCGUUCGUUGAAGACGCAGGGAGGGCGUUACAGACCCAGGGGGAUAAGGAAGUCGGCCUGGCAGAAAUGAAGGCAGCCUUCGCGGCCCUACUGAAAGCGGCGGGGAUUUUGCAGCAGAGCAUCGGGAGUGUGCUGCCCAACGAGAUGGAUGUACACGCUAGGACAAACCUCCCCGCUGACGUCACCCCCGGCGCCCUGAAGGCGCUGUUCCGGCAGUGCCUGGCGCAGGCGGCGGAGCUGCAGCUGCAGCUGGACCGGAGCAAGGAGGACGUGCCACCUGCCACGCGGCGGGAUGUGGCGUGCGAGGCGGUCGUGCACUGGGGCGAGGCCCGGGAAUCGAUGGCGACCGUAUCUACCGGCGGUCCGCUGUUCGAGAAGUGGCUGGCAUACGUCAAGUGGCGGCAAACGCUCGCCAAGGCUGUCGCAUAUCAUCAAGAGGGCCUCAUUUUGGACGAGAAGGAAGACAAGGGGACGCACGGCAAGGCGGUCAAGGCGCUGAAGACGGCGGAGGAGCUGCUGAAAGAGAGCGAAGCCUUCUUGAAAGAGUUCAGUGAGAAGCAGCCGGCGACCAUGCCGGUAACUGCAUCCCCACUCAUCAAGGACCUCAGAGAACGCUUGCCAAAGGACUCCGGAAAGAUUGGCCGGUUCAAUACGAACGUCUACUAUGAAAAGGAGCCUGACGACCCUCCCGAGUUGCCCAAGCCCUCGUUCACCAUCAAACCGGAGCCCUACACCUUGCCAGAAAUUGACCGGGCUUGGGGGAGCUCUAGUUCUGGUGAUAGUGGGGGUUCGCAUGCUGUACGUCCGCCAAUAACCGAAACCGAGGUGCCGCUUUCCGUUUCAGGUCAAGGAGAGAUGUCGAAACCAAGUUCAAAAGUUGAGGCUGCUCCAGAGGUUAGAGUAGAAACUAAGACCGAGGCAGUUGCAGCUUCCUGACCAGUCGACAUGAGGAUGCCUGAGAACGGGAGUGCUCAGUUACUGGAGUGCGGAGUCAGCAAUUGUUGGUACACUGUUCGGUGCAUAGACUAGAACACACAAGUUGGGGUUUCUUGUUGGGAGCAACUACCGUAGACAGAGUGGGUUUAUGGGUUGAUCUACCUUUGCGUAUAUGUAUCGGUCUCUUGACGCGUCAUGUCACUGAGUGCUAGUGCUCUGAAUAUUGUGCCAUUCCAUUCUGAAGUUCGUGCCAGCACGUUCAAACAGAGAAACAGUACAGAUCGGAUACUCAAGACGUGUGAUAUUGACGAGUUCUCGAGCCGGUGGCUUUUCGAAAGG